AUGGAAUCAUUAUCCGCGGCGAUAUUACUGGUUGAGGAGGAGAGCAGCGCAUCUCAGAAUGCUGGGGUGAGAAUUGAAAGAAGAAGAUUAAGAGAUAUGUGCGAUCCCUUCCAGAUGAAUGACGGACUAUUCAAAAAAAACUUUCGUCUGAAUAAGGACGCAUUCAAGUAUGUCCUUGAUGCGUUUGCGGAAGAAACGACGGCAAGUACUUUGUCCUCGUUAUCUCCGCUUAACAUUGUAGUAUCCGCUUUAAGAUUUUUUGCGGAAGGCAGUUACCAGCAUGGAGUUGGCGCAGAUCACAAUGUUGGAAUGGCACAGUCAACCGUGUCAAAGUGGCUGUCAAAUUUUCUGGAAAUAAUGCAGCAAAAGCUAUGCCCACAGUGGAUAAAAUUUGAGCAAAGUGAAAUAGAAAAGCAGGAAGCAAAACAAAAUUUUUUUACGAAAGCUGGUUUCCCAGGUGUUAUCAUGUGCGUUGAUGGUACGCACAUAAAGCUAAUCAAGCCAUCCGAUGAACCUUUUCUUUAUUACAAUAGGAAAGGAUUUUAUAGCAUCAAUGCUAUGGUGUGCGAUCACAAAUUACGAAUAAGAAGCAUUGACGCUAGGUAUCCUGGGUGCAAUCACGACGCCCAUGUAUGGGGAUUGAGCAAGCUUAGGUGCUAUAUGGAACGACGAUAUUGUGAAGGUGAAAUGAACACAUGGCUGUUAGGCGAUGCUGGAUACCCAUUACAACCUUGGCUAAUGACUCCAUAUCGUUCCGUAAGUCAAGGCAGCCGACAAAGUAAUUAUAACAUUAAGCACUCAAAAACUAGAAACAUUAUAGAGCGAACGAUCGGUGUUUUAAAGAACCGCUUUCGAUGUUUGUUGGGAGCUCGAGAGCUGCAUUACUCGCCUCAAAAAGCGAGUCAAAUUAUAAAUGUUGUUUGUGCACUACACAAUAUUUGCAUUUUCUACAAAGUAGAAGAUUUGAAUACGAUAGAAUUUGAUAAUGAAAACCGUUAAGAGGAAGAGGAACAAACCAAUGACCCUGAAUUUACUUCAACAGCAAAUCGUAUUCGUGACAACAUACUUUCUUCUUUGUAAAGUGUAUAAAAUUUUAUUUCUAUACUAGCUGACCCGGCAAACUUCGUUCUGCCCAAAAUAGAUUUUUUUUCAUUUCAAAAGUUACACUGGUAUUGGUUUUAAUAGAAUAUGAACGAUUUUUCCUAAUUUC